AUGAACGACAGUAACAACAACACCAACACUCUGGAGGUACCGCAACUAGCAAUCCCAGGGGAAGCGAGCGGGAGUCCCACCAUGACCAUAUCACAGCCCACCAGCACCAAGAACGGCAUGGAUCUAUACUUUGAUGAGGCCAUGCAGUACAUGGGGAGACACCCUGUGAUGACUGGUGUCGCCGCAUUCUUGACUUUGUAUGCUGCCGCUGGGACUUACAAAUCCAUCUCUACGAAACUAAAUGGUGGGAAGGCUACAGCCACUUUCUUGAAAGGUGGAUUCGAUGCAAAGAUGAACCAGAAGGAGGCCUUGCAGAUAUUGAAUUUGACUGAGAAUAAAUUGAACAUGAAGAAGUUGAAAGAGGUACAUAGGAAGAUUAUGUUGGCCAACCAUCCAGAUAAAGGUGGUUCUCCAUAUUUGGCUACUAAGAUCAACGAAGCUAAGGACUUCUUGGAGAAGAAAUCCGUGAAGAAGUAG